CGCUUUGCUUUCAUGCUUUCACCAAUACAAACUGCUCAUACCAUGCGCCAACCCAGCUUUUUAUACGUACGUGAACUAUUAGUAUUAAUUUUCCCUUCAUCGCGGUUGUCCAUGCCAAACUGGCCCUUAUCCGUAUCAUCAUUGAUAAUAAGCAAACUCAUCUAUGAACAAAUAUAACGGCGACAUUGUCAGCGAAAUUAUCAGCAGAGGUACCGGUAUAUAUAGCGGUGCAUUUUAUUCUUUUCUCGGCAUUAUCUGGGUCUGGAGACAUUUGAUUUAAAUACUCAGGAAAAAAUAUGAUGAGUAGCCCGAAAUAAUGAUAAGCAACACUAAUGGUAAUGUCCAGCAGCAACAUCAGCAACACGAAUUAACGCACGGAUCGCGCGAAGAAGAUUUUCGAGAACGGCUGCCAGAUGUGCGAACAACGGUAACUAGGCAAAUUAAAUCGCUAUGCUCGAUCGCCUUUGUGCGCAAUCGAAUUCACGUGCUGCAGUGGUUACCCAACUAUCGGCCACGCUACCUGAUAUCAGACAUUAUUGCCGGGAUCACGGUUACCCUAACGGCAAUUCCGCAAAGCAUAGCCUAUGGCAUAUUGGCGAAUUUGCAACCGCAGGAUGGUAUCUAUUCGAAUUUGGUUGGUUGUUUCAUGUAUUUUCUGUUCGGGAGUGUUAAAGAUGUCACGGUUGCCCCAACAUCGAUUAUGGCAAUCAUGGUGCAAAAUGUGGUGUUAGAGCUUGGACCUGGAGCUGCUCUGCUCACACUACUGGCUGGUUUAGUGACGUUAGCAUUCGGCGUACUAAAUCUUGGGAUACUUGUGCGAUUUAUAUCGAUACCGGUUAUCACAGGAUUUACAACAGCAGCCUGUUUGACUAUCGGAAGCGCUCAGCUACGAUCACUAUUCGGUAUAUCCAGCAAAGGAAAGAGCAGCGAUUUCAUAGACGCGUGGGAGAAUGUAAUUGAAAAUAUUGGCCAAACUCGACUUUGGGAUACGGUCCUAGGAUUCAGUUCAAUUGGAUUCCUAGUAAUUUUCAAACUUACCAAAGAUUGUGGAAGUCCAGGAGCUUGGAAGAAAUUUUUCAAAUAUCUUUCUCUCCUGCGUAAUGCAUUAGUUGUUGUGAUUGGUGCAGGUUUGGCUUACGCAUUCUCUAGAAAUGGUUCGGAGCCGUUUAAGCUAACUGGACACGUUGAACCCGGAGUUCCUCAGUUCCACGUGCCACCUUUCUCUAUAAACAACAACGGAACCUAUUAUUCUUUUCCAGAUAUGUUGCGUGUGAUGGGGACAUCCAUAAUUUCUAUUCCACUCGUGUCAAUAUUGGAAAUCAUUUCGAUUGGCAAAGCAUUCUCUAAGGAUAAGAUGGUAAAUGCUACGCAAGAGAUGAUAGCUCUAGGAGCUUGUAAUGUGGCUGUAGCGUUUUUCUCGCCGCUUCCGGUUGCCGGAUCAUUUACUAGGACAGCCAUCAACAGUAGCAGUGGUGUCAAAACAUCGUUAGGCUGUGCCGUCACAACAGCUAUGUUACUCCUAGCAUUGGCCCUUCUUACUGAUGCUUUCUACUAUAUACCCAAGGCGACCUUGGCAUCCGUUGUUAUAUCGGCUAUGAUAUUCAUGGUCGAUUAUCGAGGAUUUGUUGAAAUCUGGCGAGUUAAAAAAUUGGACAUCCUUGUUCUUCUGGGGACUAUGAUUGCUUGUGUGUUUCUCGGAUUGGAUUAUGGAAUCCUUGUGGGAAUAGCCAUCAACUGCUGCUUUCUACUCUACUUAAUGGCGGCUCCAAAAAUGUUUACAAAACAUCUUUAUCUAGAUGGUGUAAACGUCGUUUUAUUGAAACCCGCAACUGAUCUAACGUUUUCCUCAGCUGAAUAUCUCCGAGACCGCGUUAUGCGAAUCGUGACCGAAGGUUUGGAAGGGCCAGUCGAUUUGGUAAUCUUGGAAGGCACAUCGGUGAAUUUCGUAGAUACGACAGUUGUCAAAAAUGUGGCCAACAUACAGACAGACCUUCAAACGAGAGGCAUCGCAUUAGUGCUUUGGCAAUGGUCUCCUCACACGGCAGCAGCACUGGUGAGAUUUGAUCGGAACUUUCUAAUCUGCAUGGAAAACGAUCGGGACCUUACGACUAUCGUAGAAAAGUGGAAAACUUGCUGCAAUGAACUCAAGAGAUGCUAGAGAGAAUGGAUUUCAAAAAAUCUUACAAUAGCCUUAAGGUAAAAAAAAAUCAUGUACCUAUUUGUUUCAUAAAAAAAAAUGUAGCUCAAUAUUCUCAAAGAUUCUGUAAUAUUAUUAAAUGUAAAUAGAAUAAAAAAUAAAUUGAAA